GAGAUCCUUUGCGUUUCCUCUUUCCAGCCAGCGCCUGAGAAUGGGUAUCUCAAGGGACAACUGGCACAAGCGCCGCAAGACCGGAGGCAAAAGGAAGCCCUACCACAAGAAGAGAAAGUAUGAGUUGGGCCGCCCUGCUGCCAACACGAAGAUCGGACCCCGUCGUAUCCAUACUGUAAGAGUCCGUGGUGGAAACAAGAAAUACCGUGCUCUGAGGUUGGAUGCCGGCAACUUUUCCUGGGGCUCUGAGUGUUGCACCCGCAAGACCAGAAUCAUUGAUGUAGUGUACAACGCAUCCAACAAUGAAUUGGUUAGAACGAAAACCCUGGUGAAGAACUGCAUUCUCCUUAUUGACAGCACCCCUUACAGGCAGUGGUAUGAGGCUCACUAUGGCGUGCCUCUUGGGCGCAAGAAGGGAGCCAAGCUUACUCCCGAGGAGGAAGAAAUCCUGAACAAGAAGAGAUCAAAGAAAACUCAAAAGAAAUACGAUGAGCGCAAAAAGACAGCCAAGAUCAGUCCGCUCUUGGAGGAACAGUUCCAGCAGGGCAAGCUGCUUGCCUGCAUAGCAUCCCGACCUGGUCAGUGUGGCAGAGCUGAUGGAUAUGUCCUGGAGGGCAAAGAGUUGGAGUUCUACCUUAGGAAGAUUAAAGCCAAAAAGGGCAAAUAGAUACAUCUCCCCACCUGUUUACUUCAAAUAAACAGAACUUUAUUAAAACACAA